AUGAAUUGUCCAUUAAGGAGUCGUUCUUUCGCGGCCAAGUCUAACACAGGUACCCCGACUGCCAAGUUUCUAUCCAACUUCUGUUCAUCAUCAUCAUCAUCAUACACGUUCGCUAGAGCUACUGUGCCGACUUCUGGUAUAGUACCAGCAAGUCUUCCUGUUCCUCCAUUUUGCUGGGGGAAACUUUUCUACUAUCUGCUGUCGAUCAAUUUCCUUGCCGAACCCCGCUUGCAUUGUCGCCUUCUCACCGCUGAAAGAGCACCCGCUUUGGACCUCCGUGUUAACACAUACGCUGCUCUCGCUCUGCUCCUUAACAACGUGCCCAACGCCUUUGGUACGUUGGCAACCCCCUUGAAUCCGUUAAAGGCCGCAAUUCCUUCCAACUCGUCAAACCACGCCUCCUCAUCUCCGUCCCCAAAGUGGGCUGGCCAGCCAACUUCAUCCUCAUUGGUCACAGUCCGAAAGUAA